UCUCUGCCUGGAAACCGAACCCCAACCGAAGCCCCCUUGUCGACGACAUUCAUUCUCUGGUCCCCAGUUUCGAUCCAACUCUUUCGGCUCCGACAUACCACAAACACGCUGCGACUUCUUUCAGCUACCCCCUCAUCCAUAUAUGUAUUUGUGAUCGAAGGCAAGCACAUCUAGCAUCAACAGCUCGUUUGUUCUCUGGCAACAUUGGCACACAGCAUACUUAAGCUGCGGUGCGGCCUCUCCUGACGGCGCGGAGAAUGACACAUUGUUGCGCACGUCUCCAUCGUUAAACGAAGCAACUUCUACACCAUCUUCACCACGCCUAUAACUGGCCGUCGCCCCCACGUUCGUCGACGACCAGUCCGUGUAAACGUCUUUCGCUAAACCAUCCUUAAAUCACCGGUUACAGCUUUCCUAUUUGCCCACCAUGCCAUCCCAGCGACGCAUGAGGGCGCUUUUAUACAUUGCCUUGGCCGGCUUCAUUACGUUACUCUUCUUCACCUCACGUGCCCGCCAUGCACAAGAGCCCGACCCCCGCUCGAUCCAAGAUUUUUACCACAAGACCAAAAGUGCGAUGGAAGGGUCAAGGAUAGGCGGCGGCAGUAGGAGAGGACAGGCGGUGGUCGGGACACAGAAGGUCGAGUUUGACGAGGACGAUGCGAUCGUGGCCAAGGCAAUGCAGGAACGUCUCAGGAAAGCAGAGCAGAUGGCCAAGAGCAAUGCCAACGCAAAAGCCCCCAACAAGCCCGACGAUCCGGAAGCUGUCGUCGGCGUUGGAAGCUCGGCCCAUGGACAGAACCAUCUCGGCAAGGGAGACUCCGUCGAGACCGAGGAGCACCACGCGAUCCUGGAGGAACUUAGGAGCAUUCUCAAGAAGUCACCAAUCAUCAUCUUCUCCAAAAGCUAUUGCCCGUACUCGAAGAAAGCGAAGAGCCUUUUGCUGGGUGACUACCAAAUCGACCCUGCGCCCUACGUCGUCGAAUUGGACCAACAUCCAUUGGGCCCCGGAAUCCAGGCUGAGCUCGGCGACAGGACAGGAAGGAAGACAGUUCCCAAUAUUCUCGUCGGCGGGAUAAGCAUAGGAGGCUCCGACGACAUUGCCAAGCUUGACCAGGAGGAAACACUGAUCGAAAAGAUCAUGUCACUAGCGGGGAAGCGACUCACAGUGACGAAGCACUCCAAAUCGAAUUAGGAUAUCGUGGCGCCAUAACGGCAUUUCGGCCCGGAAGCAUGUAUCGAUAGUCGGAAGGAAGAAUGAAGACGCAUUUUCCCGCAUGACAUGGCGUUGUUAGUUGUUUAUAAGGCCAAACAAAUUCCCGCCAGCUACAGCCAAAGGGUCGCCCUGAACACAACAUCUCUAUGCGACCCCUAUACGUAGCGUCGAUCCUUGCAAGAUUGAAAACCGUUGUGGAAUCGGCGUGCACCUACUUCGCUGAGAGGUGCGAUAGGCUCAAUAAUAGGGCGAUUGCAUGAAGAUGGCUGGUCGUGGCUCAUGCGUACAUAUAUCUAGGCUUGUCAGCAGAAGGUUGGAUGGAGCGGGAAAAUCGCGAGAACCGGUGGUGGUGUUGCAGGCUCAGUCAUGGCGUGCACGUCACCCAAACCUGUCCGGGCCGUCCGAGCAUGAGACCAUCACUUUCCGUCCCGAAGAUGUCGACAUGGCAUUCACCUCUCCACAAUAAAGGGAUCCACUAGUAACCUUGAUGGCUGGACUUCUGCCCACAGGGGUGCAUUGCAAAAACGAUGCGCGUUACUAUCGAUAUGUCGAACAUUCACUUGCCAUCCUAUUGUCGCUCAGCCAGACGAGAAUGGAUGCAUGACCGACAUGGUAGGGUUCACAAUGGGUAGGCGACAAACUCAUCGUGUUAUAUAUCUAGGCCCAAAUCUUGACUUGUUGUGCCUCCCAGAAGGCGGGAUUCCAUGUCAUUCUGCGCCAGUUCCUGGGUUGUGGCUGCCGACGAAUGAGGACCUUGUUGGGCACCCUAACGGUCCAAAGCACUUAUCAUGACUGGUAGGGGCCGUCAAGGUCCCCAAUUCGUCCCAUGUGCCAAUCGUCAUGGACGACCUU